AUGGAUAACUUAGGCACUGAAGCUAAUGAAGUAAACUUGGACGACGAUGAUUUGAUAUAUACUCCUCAAGUUUCAGAUGAGUUGAGGCCAAAAAAAGGGCAAGAAUUUGACACAAUAGAUGAUGUUUUGACAUUCUAUAAUGCUUAUGCUAAAGCAGCUGGGUUUAGUGUAAGGUCUUCGACUACUUGCAAAGAGCCGGGAAGUUGUGAAAUAAGAAGGAAGGAGUAUGUUUGUUUUAAACAAGGAAAAUCUUUAAAAAUCGCGGAUGUUGGAAAGAAAAGACGUCGGGGAAACUUAGCUGAGGAUUGUACUGCCAAAAUUGCUGUUUUGAAAUCAAACUCUGGAAAAUACAUUGUUACUAUUUUUAAUGAGGAGCACAGUCACCCACUAUCAACACCAUCAAAUGUUCAUCUUUUAAGAUCUCAUCGUAACGUUUCAGCCGCAACAAAGUUUCUAACUAAACAGUUAUCCAUGGUGAAUAUACCUCAGCAUCAACAAUUCAGUUUUCUUGGAGUACAAUCAGGAGGUAUAGAAAAUAUUGGGUGCACUCAAAGAGAUUUGUAUCAUCAUGAAAGGGAUAUAUGGGCUGAUUUGAAGGGGCAUGAUGGUGAAAUAUUUUAUGAAUAUUUAAAAUUAGAACAAGGAAAGAAUCCCGCAUUUACUUUUCAAAUUGAGGCCGAUGAGGAACAAAAGAUUACUCGUUGUUUUUGGUCCGAUGCAAGAUCAAGGCGGGCUUACAAAUUUUUCGGUGAUGUUGUAAUCUUUGAUACUACUUACAACACUAAUCGCUAUGGCCUUAUAUUUGCACCAAUAAUGGGGGUUAACAAUCAUGGUCAAACAAUUAUUUUUGCUUGUGGAUUUUUGAAUCAUGAGAGCGUUGAUGAUUUUGUGUGGUUAUUUAAUCAAUUUUUGGAAAGUAUGCCUGGUGGUGCCCCGAAGAUGAUUAUUACCGAUCAAGACCCAGCGAUGACUAAGGCAUUCCCUCUUGUUCUUCCAAAUACUUUUCACAGGCAUUAUAGUUUAUGUAUAUUAUUAAAAAUAUUUAUAUGCAUAGUCUUUCUUUUUAUGUGA